AUGAGAACUUCCUACCUUCUGCUGUUUACUCUCUGCUUACUUUUGUCUGAGAUGGCCUCAGGUGGUAACUUUCUCACAGGCCUUGGCCACAGAUCUGAUCAUUACAACUGCGUCAGCAGUGGAGGGCAAUGUCUCUAUUCUGCCUGCCCGAUCUUUACCAAAAUUCAAGGCACCUGUUACGGAGGGAAGGCCAAGUGCUGCAAGUGA